AUGAUUUACGAAAAACUAAUAAAAUCCAUAAUCUCUGAAAUAAGACAGACAAUCAAGUUUAUACCCAGCCAUAGAACUAUUUUGGAGACACAGGAGUACAUUGAAGCAUAUGGCGAACACUACGAGAAUGCAGAUUUGGAUGACGAAGUCAUGGCAAAUGACACUCAAUUUCACCAAAACUUGAUUGCGUUUCUCAACGAAAUUACAGGAAAGUACAAAAAUCAAAGCCUUACGCAGUUGAGAAUGCAGGAUAAUUUGGUAAUUGUGGGUACGGCAUAUGCUUUGCUGGGGAAAUGCCACGAACGAGGAUGGUUUGGAGUGGAGCGGGAUCAGAGCUUGGCUGUUGAGUACUUUACCAGAAGCGCGGCCUGUAAGACACCAAUAGGGACCUUUGAACUCGCUCGAUGCUUUGAAUUUGGCAAGGGCACUGAUGUUGAUGUAGAGCGAGCAUGUAUUCUGUACAGAGCAAGCUAUAAGCUUGGAUACAUCCGUGGACUCCACAAAUAUGCAAGAAUUCUACUGAAGGGAAACGACUUCGUCGAGAGAAAUAUUCUUGACGGGUAUUACAUUUUAAAGCAAGCAGCCGUGUCAAAAGAUAGAAUUUACAUUGCGCCAUACUACGAUCUUGCAAUGCUGUACAAGUCUAGGAUUUGUGACAUACUCAAUGAUAAUCGAUAUGCUUUUCAGAUAUUUUUAUUGGGUGCAUCCAAAGGAUGCAAGUACUGUCAGUACAAGCUAGGAGAAGAAUAUGAAGAAGGAGAGAUUGUUGAUAGAAACUUGAACAAAGCAUUCUACUGGUAUAAAAUGUCAGCUGAAAAUAACCUGUCAGAUGCGCAGCUUAGAAUUGCGGAGUUUCUAUUUGGGAUCAGGUCUGGCUUAAAAAUAGAUAUUGAUAAGGCGAUAAAACAAGAGGGGUUUGAGGGCCAGGUAACAUUUUAUAAUGGAACGAAGAUUGACAACAAAUACAGCCUGGGUGGCCUUGAGCUUGGCAUGCUUAAACAAAGACCGCCAAUACGUUUUGGGAACUUCUACGGUACAGACUUUAACAGGUUCAAGGAAGGUUAUAAAAUGGCGCAUAGAUCAGCCUCGUAUGGGAAAAAAGAGGCAAUUUUACUUGUUGCUGAGGCAUUGGAAAAAGGACUAGGCACUGAAAUAUCACUUUUGGAAAGCCUGUGGUGGUACAAAAUAGCCGAAGGGCUUGGAUGUGACAAUAUCAGGGAAAGAAUGUAUUUGUUAGAGAUGAAGAUAGGAAAAAAGAUAUUUUAA